AUGCUCUAUUUCAGACAACUAUGUGAUUACGACCAAAUUUUACCUGCUCGCAAGUCACAAGGCGUGGGCAUAAAUGCAGGACCUUUGCCAUUAGUAAACCUUCUGUUCCAGGGGGCUGUUUUAAUCAAAUUUGAAGAAAAAGAUUUGGGUUUUUUUUGUUUGAUUCGUCUUCAAGUGGGCAGUGAAGAGCAUAGUACCAAAAGUUGCUCAGAUUCUCUGAAUUGGGUUUUCUCAUGGUACAGUUUCUUUUCUAUCUGCAUUUAA